GAGUGUCAAUAUUGAACGUGCAUUUACAUGGAAUUUCAGUGUCAAAUUUUUUAUCAAAAUUUUGCAGGCUUAAAUGAAAUUCAUUCGAAAUAAGACAAAACAUAAAAUAGAAGAUAAACGAGGAUUAAUUGAUUUAAAUUCAAAAUUAUAUGGAUUAGACGUCACUGGAGUUCCUAUUUCAAAAGUUGCUUCCGAAGUUUUUAAUUUUAAGAUAAUAGAUGGAUUUAUUUGCGGUAUUUGUCAGGAGGAACUUGUAAAUGCAUACAAGUUCAAAGUGAAUGCUAUGAAAGCGUUUGAAGGGAAUUCUGAAUUGACGAAAAAUUUGGAAAUUUUGAAAAGCUUAAAGGAUUUUUUUGACGACAUUGAGUCAAUAAACGAUGUAACAAUCAUGAAUAACCACAAAAACAUUGCAAUCAUUAGAAAAAAUGAGUGUCAUAAGUUUAUUCCUCAAGGAUGGCGUAAUGAAUCAUGUGAAGAUACAACAAUUGAAAUACUAGAGAUUGAAUGUAAUCCAGAACAGAUACAGGAAGCAAUUGAAACUAAUGAAGAAGAAGAAGAGGAGAUACACCAUGAAACGUCAAUCGUAGGUAACGAAGAAGAGGAAGAGACACAACAUGAAAUGGAAGAUGAAAAUGAAAAUUUGAACCCUGAAUUUAAGGACGAAACAACUUAUCUUAAAUACGUCAUUGGAGUUCCUAUUUCAAAAGUUGCUUCCGAAGUUUUUAAUUUUAAGAUAAUAGAUGGAUUUAUUUGCGGUAUUUGUCAGGAGGAACUUGUAAAUGCAUACAAGUUCAAAGUGAAUGCUAUGAAAGCGUUUGAAGGGAAUUCUGAAUUGACGAAAAAUUUGGAAAUUUUGAAGAGCUUAAAGGAUAUUUUUGACGACAUUGAGUCAAUAAACGAUGUAACAAUCAUGAAUAACCACAAAAACAUUGCAUUCAUUAGAAAAAAUGAGUGUCAUAAGUUUAUUCGUCAAGGAUGGCGUCAUGAAUCGUGUGAAGAUACAACAAUUGAAAUACUAGAGAUUGAAUGUAAUCCAGAACAGAUACAGGAAGCAAUUGAAAGUAAUGAAGAAGAAGAAGAGGAGAUACACCAUGAAACGUCAAUCGUAGGUAACGAAGAAGAGGAAGAGACACAACAUGAAAUGGAAGAUGAAAAUGAAAAUUUGAACCCUGAAUUUAAGGACGAAACAACUUAUCUUAAAUGUGAGAAAGAAACGAUGCAAAGCACAAUGAAUGUCGUCACUAAUUAUACAAGUUGUAAUAUUGAUUACAUGAAAAGUGCUUAUGUGAGAUUGGAAAGACUUAAAUCUCUUGACUCUCCAGAGAAAGGUUCCACAUUUCAAGAUGACCCUUCCGACACCAUGGAUGUUGAAUAUGAUUUAACAUUGUGUGAUAAUGAGCCAUUAGAUAACAACGAAAAUUAUGACAGCUUAGUGAAUGAUAGAAACGAUUCCAAUUUGAAUGAAACAACAAAAAAUGAAGAAGACUUCAAUUCCAUAUUAAAGCAGAAGAUUAGAGAAAGUAAAGUUGUGUCUUAUAAUGAAGGCCAAAAAGUUACGGUUUGGUCUUGUGUUUUCUGCAAAAAACUGUGCUUAUGUGGCAGUAAUUUAAGGAAUCAUCUUCGGAAACACAUUAUUGAUAAUCAAAAUCUUAAAGACAUAAAAAUUAUUGAGAAACAUGAAAACGACCCGAAAUGGAUUGCGAAAAAGGUGGAAGAAUCAACACCAAAAGAUGAAUCGGAAAAAUUCAUUUGCUGUAUUUGUAAAAAGUUCAAAACUUCAAAGAAAUUUCGAUUAAGAUUUCACAUUUCAAAAAUCCAUUGCUUUAAAAAAGAUCGUAGAACUUCUCUUGAUAAAAAUGAUUCUGAACAGCUUCCAAAAUACGAUUAUGAUCUGGAUUGGGCUGAAAAGAAAAUCGAAGAAUCAAAGGAUGCAAAUGAAAGUGAUAAAUGGAAUUGCGUACUUUGUAGUACGUUUUCAACUGAUCGUGUAUUUGGUAUGAAAAUCCACAUAUUGAGAGUUCACUGCAAGCCUAAAACCAAAAAGAUGUCUUUGCAAAAAAGCUUAGAAUCUUCAAAGCACAAAAAAGAAAAGAAGCACGAGUAUGAUCCAGAAUGGAUGCUUGAAAUGAUAGAAAAGUCGCGAUCUCAUGAUGAUCCCGACUCGUUCUCUUGUGCUAUUUGUAACAACUUUUCUUCGAAGUCAUUAAUUGGAAUUCGUGUACAUAUAGGACAUGUUCAUUGUAAACCUAAAAAGAAAAAAAAUGUAGCAAAGACAAUCAACAAAAAUGUGGAUAUGGAAAUCGAAAAACAUGAUUACAACAUUGAAUGGAUUAAAGAGAUUACUAAAAAAUCAACUAAUGACGUGGGAUUAAGAACAAAACAUUUCUUAUGCGUUCUUUGUAAUAAUUUUAAAACUAAUUCGAGCUUAGGCUUUAGAUAUCACGUUGCUCGAGUGCAUUGUAAGGAAUCAAAGACACGAACGUUAAUGAAAGCAAAAAAACAAAUAGUUAAGCGACAUUAUGAUCCCGAGUGGGUUAAUCAAAAGAUUGAUGAGUCGAAAAUUGAAAGUGAUGUCGAUAAGUGGACUUGCGUUGUCUGUGGUGAAUUUUCAAGUGAAUCACAAAAAAGCAUUAAACUUCAUAUUAAUGCACAUUGCAUCAAACAUCCGACUGCAACUGAGACGACAUCUCUUUUGGAACAAAGUGAUGAUAGAUAUGAAUACAAUGUGAAUAGAAUUAGAGAAAUUGUUGAAGAAUCGAGAAUAGAAAACGAAUGCGACGAUGAAAAAUUUCAUUGUGUUGUUUGUAAAGACUUUACAACUGAGUCUGUACUUGGAAUAAGAUUUCAUGUUGCAAGAAUGCAUUUCAAAGCUGAAAGAAUGUCUUCUUUCGAAAGAUCUAUGUCAGAAAAUAAUGGUGACUCUGAAUGGUUGAAAGGAAUGAUUGAAAAGUCGAAAACUCCAAGCAGUUCAACUUUAUGGAAUUGUUGUGUUUGUGACAAUUUCUCGUGUUUUUCUUUAUCUGCAAUUCGAAAACAUUUGAUAACGUUGCAUUGUGAAUCAACUUCAUCAGGAUCAUUAAAUCACCAAGACGACAAAUUACAAGCCAAUGAAUCAAUUUCGGAAAGAAUUCGAAAAAAUUGGAUCAAAAAUGUUGUCAACAACUCCGAAGUUAAGAAGGAAGAUGGAAUUUUCUGGAUUUGCUGUAUUUGUUCAACAACUUGUGAAGGAUUCAAAGAAACAAAACUUCAUGUAUCGAGAAUGCAUCGAAAAGAAAUGAGAACAGAAACUCAUAAAUUAAUUAAAGAAGAAGAAGACGAAUUUGAAAAUGAUAAAGUAGAAAAAUGUCGAAAGAGAUUGCACACGUCAGAAGAAGUGAAAAAUGUUUGGAUUUGUCGUGAAUGUGGUGGCAAAAUUUGCUAUACGGAAAAAGAUUUCCGAAAGCAUUUACGAGUUGAACACAUGAAUAAAUUUGAUGGUACAGAAGAAAGUACGAUACGUAACGGAAACAAAAGAUCACUUGAUCAAUCUGAAGACGACGAAUGGGUUCCACGAUCGAAAAAUUUCUGUCCUGAUGACACUGAAAAUGAGGACAAAAAUAUUGCAUCGAAUCGUGAAGCAGUUGUUGAAGGCUUGCCUGAAAAGAAAAUUGAAACAAAACAAUUUGAAUAUCUUCAUGUUCUGCCUCCUGAUAUGUUUCUUUCUGAAAGUUCUGAAGAAGAAAGUGACGAAGAAAUAGAAACAGCAUUAGUGAAAAAAGAAAUCAAAGAAAAAGAAGAAGAUGGUGAGACAGAACUUCGUAAUGAAUUCAUUUCAGACUUGAGUAAUAAGGAUAAAAUAUGGAUUAAGCGUGGAUGCGAAAGAUCAAGAAAAAAUUCUUAUAAAUGUUGGAUAUGUGGGAAACUUUGUAAAAAUCAAAUGAAAUAUCAUCUUACUCGUCAUCAUCUACCAUUUUAUAGACUCAGUGUAAAAAGAUAUCAAGAACAUAAAAAAGAAUGUGAAAAGCUGAAAAACAAUUCUGAUGGUUUCACAUUACCCAAGAAAGAAAGAACUAAAAGGAACAGUCUAGAUGGGAAUAACGUAACAGGAAUUUUGAAAUGCAAUUCUUGUGAUCUCAAAUUUUUAAAAAUAAGUUCAUUUAAUNUCUGCUAA